GACACGGGGCUCGAACUCACCGUGAGAUCAUGACCUGAACCAAAGCCGGACACGUAACCAACUGAGCCACCCAGGCACCCUCCCUCCCUUGGCUCUUUUCUUUUUCAUGUUCCUAAGCAUUCUUGCCCCUUUAAAACCCACUUUAGUUGGUUUCUUCUUCAUUGCUCCCUGAUCUGAACCAGUGUCCCUGUGUGGUUGGUGGUGGAGACAAAAUGUAAUGUGUGCAACCACCUUGUAAAUGGCAAGGUGUUCCUAACAGGUUGCUUGUUAUUCUCUUAUUGUCCCCUCCCCACCAAAUCCCCACCCAGUGGGCUCAUUCUGAGCUCCUUUUGUCAUCCGGACUCUUGCUUCCCUGCCUCCUGUUGUGUCUGUUCAGGAUCUGCUCUCCCAGUUUCCCUUCUCUUUCUCUUCUUCUCACGACCCAUACCUUCUUUUCUCAUUUCCUCACCGCCUUCUUAGGAAAGAGUUAAUUUUGGUUUGCCGAGCACAUUGAAGCUAAGGCAUUAAUGGCUAACAGAUUUGAUGCUAACAUGUUGGGGAAGGUCACGUUUUAACUGGAGACUCCUCAAACUUCAAAAUAGAGCCUCCAGUGAAAUUUUAGGCAGCAUGAGCAGUCAGUGGAGGAGAAAAUGAGCCUUUUCCUGGUGCUUGUGCGUAUGAAGAACUUCUUACUCCACCCAUUCAAGAGUUGGGCCUUAAUGUAAUGUGUACAGGCUACUGAAUAAAAUACCAAACAGGGACAUGAAGGGUCCAGGAAGUUUUGGUUGGGGGAGCCAAACAAGGAUUAGAGCAUCUUUUAAGGAAAAGUUAGGAAAGAAACAGUAUGGUUAAGAAAUAAAGUACAAAGUAUGAGUAUUUUCAAUCACCCCUGGAGCCUCUCUUCUGUUAAUAGCUCCCUGCCUUGGACUCUGGUAAGGAACAGGCAAAUACAGGUUAGGCAAAUAGACACAGGGAGUCAUUGAGCUGGGAGUGAUUCGCAUGCCAAGAGAGAGAUCACAGGGAUCCUCUUUUCAAAUCCUGGGGGACUGGAGGUGUUUGCUGGCAGGUAGGCUUUUGCAUGAAUCCAAGGAGAGAGCUCUCUGGAUCCCUGGUCUCAAUAGGGUGGCUUGGUCAGAGAAGCCGUUUUUCCCUGUGGAUGCGUCCCAGUUUGAUCAGAACCUCCUGGAGAGGAUGCCCUCACCUGCAUUGAUCUUCAUGGUCAUCUUCUUCCUGGAGUCACUGGCUGCAAUGUUGCGGAAUGGCUUCGUGGUUACUGUGCUGGGCAGGGAGUGGGUGCGAUGCCGGAUGCUGCCCGCGAGUGGCAUGAUUGUGGCCUCCUUGGCCGCCUCCCGGUUCUGCCUGCAUGUGGCCAUCCUGAACAACCUCUUCACCUUCUUUGAUUUUCGUUCCAUAAUGGACUAUUUCAGCAUCCUCUGGAGCUUCUUCAAGACUCUGUCUUCCUGGCUCACCGCCUGGCUUGCUGUCUUCUACUGUGUGAAGACCGCCAUCUUCUCCCACCCUGUCUUCUCCUGGCUAAGGUGGAGGAUUUCUCAGUCAGUGCCCAGGCUGCUGCUGGGCUCCCUGCUCAUGGCUGGUCUGGUGGUCGUCUCAUCAACCAUUGGGACUAUAUUUCCUGUGCAGGUGACUGCCUCCCAGAAUUCCCAAGGAAACAGGACCCUGGCUGAUAGACUACAGAGCUAUUGGCACUUUUUUCAUCCUCAUGCAAUGCUUAUGUGGUUGAUCCCGUUCCUUCUGUUCUUGGUGUCCAUGCUUUUGCUCAUGUGCUCCCUGCACCGGCACUUGGGGCAGAUGAGGGAUCAUAGACUGGGUCCAUGUGAUCCCAGCACCCAGGCUCACAUCAUGGCCCUGAAGUCACUUGCCUUCUUCCUUGUCUUCUAUACAUCAUAUUUUCUGUCCCUGAUUGUCAUUACUAUGAAAAUAGCAACCUUCCAGGGUCACUGGCGCUGGGCCUGGGAAGUGGUGACCUACACAGGUAUCUGUCUGCACUCCAGCAUCCUGAUGCUAAGCAGCCCCAAGCUGAGAAAGGCCCUGAGGACCAGGCUUUGGAGAGCUCUGGAAAAAGGCGGGUUUAUCUCAAGUUAUCAGUAUCAAUAACCACUACCAGUGGACAAGCCUGUAAGUGGCUAGAACCCCCAAAGUUUGGGCACUGUCCUUCUCUCUUUUCAUUUCCUUCUUUCUUUCCUGUUCCUUCCAUGCUGCAUUAGCUUUUUUUGUACCCUGUUUUGUUCCUGCACUGCUCCAGGUCCCCAGUUUGGGUCCCAAACCACUGUGGGCUGGGAUGGUGGCCUCAUUGCCUCACAGACCUCUCGUACCUUCUGUAUGAGCAGCCAUAACAGAUUUUUCCAAGCAUCAUUUUGGUCUGUACCUCUUUACAGAGACCUGUAAUGGUUGUUGGUUAUCUCUGUGGUCAACCUGAAGUGUUUUUUAAUGGUGGCAUAGAUUGUCCCACACCAUCCCACACACCACUGCCCUCCUUAUUACUGCUCUGCUGUCAGCUCGGUCUCUCCACUCCAGCCCAGUAAUUUGGCCCAUCUGGAACUUCCUUCUUUCCUUUGUCUGCCAUUCUUGGCCAUUCCCUUCUUUUGUGCCCUGCUUAUGACUGAUUCCACCCAGCUUUUUCAAUGUGGUCCCAUGAAAGGCUGAGGGUGUAUAUGAGUUUUGUGCCAUUCUAGGCCCUGCCCAUGAUUUUGUGUGUUUGCUAAAUGUUGAAUUAAAAGGAAUUGUCUGAUGUGGAAAUGCUUUUAGGUUUUGGCCAACUGAAGACAGAGAAGGAAAACAAAAUAAAUUUGCUGUAGUUCUUAAUUUUGAUAAUCCUGCCUUUCCUCUCUCUUCACCCUGGAGGUGGGUCCUGAAUGCCAGUGCCUAGCAUGGUAGUCUCCACAUUGGGUGUUUGCCUCUCUGAGUUGUGUGCACAAUGAUCCACUGAAUGUGCAGAGAAAAGUGGGGCAACUCUAAUUUGCAUUUACUUUUAUUUCAUCCUUUUAGUUCCUGUUUUUUUGUAUGUGUAUAUUUUAUGAUAUACAGAAUGUAUUAGUAAAGUAGUACAUGCAAGUAAUUAAAUGAAGGCACAUAUGCUUGGAUGCAUGCUCAUAAAGUUUUUUUUGGCUGAUGGAAUUUGCUUUAGAAAUGUAUGGAGACCAAAAAACUAGAAAAGGGUUGGGUAGGGGCAGUGAAGGCAAGAGCAUCAGGGGUGUCUGUCUCUGCCAUCCCUUCUACUCAUCUGGAAGCAUCUGGAAGACUGCCUUUCCCCGUGCAGAGUUCCAGAACUUUACUGAAGUCUUGGGUGGGGAGGGAAUGGUGGUGCAACUCCUAUGUCCCGUAACAUGUUCACAGCCCUUUGAGUUAGGCCAGGUCUCGUGGGCUUAUCUCAGGACUUCUUGAUUGGUUGAUGUUCUUAAUCUCCCUCUCCUAGCUUUUAGCUCUGAAGAGUCCCCCAAACACUUGGUGGCUCCCAUCUUGACCAAAAACACAACCCAGUAGCUCAUCCUGACUUUUGAGGGUUUCUGUGAACUCUUCCCGGCCUGCCUUUUCAUCCUGGUAGGCCACCAUUCCCUUAGCCAUAGUCAGACUUACCAGAUUAUUCCUGAGACAUAACGGUAGCUCUACCUCCUUCACUGAGUCGCAUCUCCUUUACAACAUAUGAGACGGCGUCUUUGUUGUCCCGCAGUGAAGCCUCUGCUGCUGCUGCUGCUGCUGAGCUCUUCGAAUUCUUGGGGUGGGAAUAGGAGGCCGUGUAACAUUUCCAACUGCAGCCUGGGAAUCCUCCCUUUUCAUCCCUGUCAGAGAGAGUCCUGAGGUACGUGUUUCCCACGUAGAGAAUGUACUCGGGAUUCCUGCCCGUACCACCCCCAUGAUGACACACAAAAAGACCAGCUGUGAAAACUUGCAAAUUCUCAGAUUUGGCUUCCACCUUAGAAGAUAAAUUUGAAUGUGGGAAAAUAAAUUGCAACGAAUGAAACCAAAAAGCACAAACAACAAAAGAAUCACCAUAAAACACUUUGCAUAUUUAUAUACAAACAAUUAUUUACCCAUUUGGAUUAACUUAAUCUGCAAUAAGAUGUGGCCAGUUAGUGUUGUGGUUGAUGACUGGUACGUGAAAACACUUUGAGGGCAGGUGCCUAGUUUACUGUUGUGGCUCCAGUGCCUUUCACAGGGUCCUUAUGACAUAGGAGAUGCCUCAUGAAUUGUUGUCAAGUGAAUUGAAGGUUAGCACACGUCCUUCCCAUAGUAUAAGCUAUCGAAGAUGGAGGUGGUGGGUGGGAAGGAUGAGAUUCCAUACUGAGAGGUUUGUGGCUGGCCAGACUCUGGAGCUGUGAACUCAAAGUUUGCCCCAUUGCUCCAAGGUCCAAUAGGCAAUGGCCAAAUGUCAGCCAGGGGAAUAAGGCUAACGAAGAGAGCAGAUGGUCCAAGAUUUGGUGCUCUGACCUCUGCUGCAUCCCUGAUGCUCUCCUGACCUCUCCUUGGACUACUUGUCCCUCCACAGGAUGGAUGGAAUGACAGGUAGUUAUUGUAAUAACAGUUGUCAUCAUCACCCUAAUUCUGUCUUGUGCUGGUGCAGAUUUAUAGUAGAGAGAUAUAUCCACAUGUAUUUGUGGUCCAUAUAUUUUUUUUUAAAUUUUUUUUCAACGUUUUUUAUUUAUUUUUGGGACAGAGAGAGACAGAGCAUGAACGGGGGAGGGGCAGAGAGAGAGG